GCUGAUGCCAGUGCGGCACGGGGAAGUAAGAGUUAGUCUGUACACAGGCUUGUACCCAAAUGUCCACAGGUGUGAAUGAAAACUGGUUUAGUUUGGUGCAAGUCUGUGUGUGGACCUGCCCAGAUCACAAUAGAAGUGGCUUUAGAAGUCAGUUUAGAUAACUGACCUUAGCUAAAUGUGACACUUAUCUCUUUUGGUAAGAAUACGUCACCUAAUGCAAUGGCAAAAAAACUAAAUUAAGGUAGAGGCAGUGUUGCUUGGUGGCAUGUCAUCUUGUUGCAGAACAUUGAGUUGAGCAAAACUCAAAACAUUUGAAAAUCAGGAAAUGCACAGUUAAGGUUGCCCGUCCAACCUUAACUGAGCCCUCUUUCUGCAAUGCACCACUGUGCCCCAUUAAUAUACAUACCUUUACUCUGCCAAUCCCACAGUUGCUGAAAUGUAAAAGUAGGUGAAACUCUUGUACAACCCAUUCACUCUAACCCACAGGAUUCCAACUAACACUUGCUGGGAGUGGGAAAGGGUUGUCCAUGCCACUUUCCUCUAGCCUCUUUCAGCAACAUCUAAAUAUGCACAUAUACUGAGCCUUGGCAUUAUAAGAUUCAGGAGGUUGCAGAUCCUGACACACUCACACCCUUAGCCAACUUCCCAGAAAGAGUACUCACAGGAUACCAUCUCAACCUACACUUUCACUUAACCAUCAUUAAAGCAUUAGAAUCCCCUCCUAUUCCAUUUCACUGCUGAUAUCCUUUGUAAUAAAAGCUCUGUGCCCUGCUACUGACAAAACCUACACACUUCUGCAUAGAAGUGGUGCAUACUUCAUCCUGAAGGUACACAUGCACCUCUUCCCUUUCCUCACACACAUGAGAGGGUGCAAAACAUGGAACUUCUCAUAUCACAGUCACUGCUAUGUCACACUCCUCAAAGUAAUCCACAGAUCUCACAAACACACCUUUACCAAGCAGAGCUAACUACUGCCUCCACCAUUCAGUACAGCUACACCUGACACACACGUUACCUGGAAUGCAUGCAGAUAAUAAAUGCUUAGACUGUAGUCAUAUUCCAACUUGCUAUUGAUAAUACCCUUUGUAAUAAGAACCCUGUGCCCUGCUAAUGAUAGAAUGUACACAAUUCUGCAUUGAAAUGGUGCAUACUGGAUCCUGAAGUUAUACAUGUAGCUCUUCCCUUUGCUCUCACGUAUACUGGAAGAUGCAAAACAUAGAUUUCGUUAUAUUAUAACUACAAGUCUGCCACACACCUCAAAGUAAUCCAUGUCCUCCUAUCACAAAUACACUUUUACCAAGCAGCCCCAACUACUGUCUCCACCAUUUAGGGAAGGUAUAUGUAACACACUGACUGCACUUUCGGUGUAUGCAAAUAAUUCCCAUUGGCUACUGUCAGCUCCAAGGGAACAGAAGGAAGAUUACAUGGGCAACCUUUUUUGUCCUUUAAUAGUGUAAGAUGGAAUUCUGUGGGUGAACAUGAAUGGGUUGUCAAAGGAGGUGAAGAGCUUGUAUAUUUCAGCAACUAUGGGGGUUGGCAGAGUAAAGGUAUGUGUAUUAACGGCAUAUUGGGACAUUGUUGAAAAAGGGCAGAGUUAAGGUUGCUUAGGCAACCUUAACACUGCAUUUCCUGGGUUUCAGAAGUUUUGAGUUUUGCUCAUCUCAGCGUUCUGCAAGGGGACAAUAUCCUACCAAGCAACCUUAACUCUCCCUUAAAGUACAUUUUUCCCUUUGAAUUUUCUAGUUUUUUGAACAGGAAAAGGUAUGCUGGUGAUAGGAGUUAGGAGUCAUUUAGGCAGUUGACCAUAUCAUGUCCUGCAAUUUGCAUACUGAGUCAGCUUGCCUCCACGCACGCAUAUCAGCUGGACCCCACCAGUCCAGACCUCGCCAGCCAUGCCCCUGACCCGUUCACUGCAUUCCCCAUUCCAACCUGGCUCUCCAUCCACUACUGUACCCAGGACCUCCCACCACAAGCAAGGAACACAUCUUCCUGACGUCUUAGCUCCCUGGUAUAGGAACACUUCUAUUGCUUUACUUCCUCCCCUCCUAUAACUCAACUCACAUGCAGUGCCUGGAGCGAAGGACAACUAUGUUACAGUGGAAUGGUAUUCCUGUUCAUGUUUCAGAGUGGUUGGAGGGUGGAGUUUGUGGCAGGACUGGAGAGAGAAAUCACAGACAGUGUUUCUGUUCCAAGGAAAAAAGAGCCCGGACCUAGGGGAGUAUGACCCCCUCACUCAGGCUGACAGUGAUGAGAGUGAAGAUGACCUUGUGCUCAACUUGCAGAAGAAUGGGGGAGUCAAGAACGGGAAGAGCACCCUGGAGGAGGUGCUGGACCCAGACUCAGAAGUGGAGGUCGAGGUGACAAAGCAGCGGCUGUCAGAGAGUGUCCCAGAUGGGUACCCUGCAGAGGCCACUGGCAGCCUGGAGCAGAAGGCAACCUCCUCCCUGAUGCCUUACCUGCGCACAGCAGUCUUUUUGCUUACCAUGGUUAUCUCCAUGAUUCUGGUGCUGGUGUGCGCCUUUCUCAUUCCUUGUCCUCCUAGAGACUUGCAUAACACCUGGAACCGCAACCUUGGCCAGGAAGCAGGUGGAGUGCUGUUCCCACUGGAGCUCUCCGAUGUGAAUGGUGAUGGGCUCCCGGACAUCCUGCUCUCCUUCACAGCCCUGAUGAAUGCUAGCGUAUUGGGUGUUUCUAGGCCAUCGGUAACUGUCAUGGCCCUUUCUGGUAUGAACGGCAGCACCCUGUGGUCCAGCCACAUUCCAGAAGAGACUCGGAGUGUGCAGUGUAAAGGACUGAUUCUCACCGCCCCAGCUGAGCCUGUCUGCCUUGUGACUGGAACAUCCAAAUUCCUCAGCCUUCUCCAUGCCUCCUCAGGGAAAACCAUCUGGACACUGAACCCAGCCCACCUGCCAAGCGGGACCCUGGCUGCACCAGCCGUCAUGCUGCCAGAUUUGGAUGGGGAUAAGGUUGGAGAUCUGGUGGUUCUGGCCAUUGGAGAGACCCAGCCAGACCUGUGCUUUAUCCUGGUAUCGGGUAAGACUGGAAACCCUCUGGGUGGGCCCGUGAAGUACAGCAUCAAUGGAGAAGGAAAACUGAUCGGCCCACAAGCCCACAUUACCAGCCGAGGAGCCAUCUAUAUCCUGUUUGGCUUUGGUAAUGUCCAAGCAGUUGCCCUGAGGGAUCUCUUUGCCCAAGCCAGAAACCGUGACAGCUUCCCUCCUGUGCUGCAGCAGGAGGAGCCGGAGUGGGAGAAGCGCAGAUCUGUCAACUUAUCGGAGCUCAUUGACAUUUACAGCGGGGGCGUUGAGUUCCUGCAGAUGGUGACGGCUUCAGAUACCAACUGCAGCGACCUCCUCAUCACCACAAAACACAGCCUGACUCUGCUGCGAGGAGAGGACCUGGAGCCCCGCUGGAACCUGGAGCUGCAGGACAUUCACAGCCAGCCUGCCCCUGGCUACUUCAAUGCUGACCAAACCCUGGACUUCAUGGUGCAGGCGCAGAGCAACAACAAUGUGAAAAAGAUGCUGGUGGUGGAUGGUAAAUCAGGCCUCCCUGUUUGGAGCUAUGAUCUCCCGUGUCACAUGCAAGAAUCUGAUGCACUGUCAGUGAUGACUUUGGAGAGGAAAUCUGUUUUUCUCUUCUGGGCUGACGAAAUGCAGCCUGCAUUACAAAACUUGGAGCCUGGCCCAAGAAACAAGCGUCCAGGGCUACACCACCUCUACCUCCUGCACCCUACCUUUCCUACCAUCCUUUUGGACCUCACCAAUGUAACAGACACAGUGACUGCUUCAGCCAUUGGAAUUAAUGAUCUCCAAAAAGAUGCGUUUUACAUCACCGUGACAACGAGCCCUACCUCCGAAAACCAGCCGGGCCUGCUGUUGGUCAGUAAGCUGAGCCUGCGGUGGGCCAUGCUCACUCAGAGCCGAACGGUGCCGCUGAUGGAGACCACCCCAAAAAUCAGCCGUGGGGAAGUGAGGAGAUUCCUCUCUAGGCUGAAGUUUAUUAAUUUUCCUCACAAGUUCUAGCAUGUUGGCCCAUCAGGUUUCAAUAGCCAGGUGGACGUGUGGUCUGGGUGGGGCACGGGGAGCUGCUCGGCGAUUCCUCAGGAUGUCCGCUGUGCCCAGGGAGUGGGGACUGAGCACUCUCUCUGUCCCCACCCCCCGCUUGCUGUGGAAUGGCAGGGCCGGGUUUGCCAUUGCCAGAUGCCAUCACUGGGAGCAACUGUGUGUGACCCCUUGCCCCCCACACCCUGCCUGCAUGCUUCCUUCCAGGUAACAUGGCAAUGAGAAGGCAGAGCAGUAGAGCUGUGAAUAGAUACAUGUAUAUUUUUGUAUGUUUAAUUUAUGAACUGGUUCCAGGAAGCUCCCAUUUGUAUCCAUCCAGCAUUUCCUGCCAUUCUUCUCUAAUCUCUUUAUUUUUGUAGUGGAGCCUCUGCCUGGCUCAUAUGUGGCAGGGCUGGUCACGGAGGCUCCACCAGCUGUCCUACCUCUUUAUUUUACAGUCACCAGGGCACUCCCCUUUUCCAUGUCCAGUUCCCAGUCUCCUGAACCGUCCAGCCCUCUCUGCCCUUGGCAGGUUGGGAAUGUGUGCUCCAGAGGAGAAAGGUUCCACGUCCCCACUCCAAUUGUCCCUCCCAACCAGGUUGAAGUAGUUGGUGGAGCGGCUCCCCAUUCCUAGGUCGCCCUUUCCCCUUGCUUUGUUUGCGGGCCCAGAGCUCCAUAGAAACAUGCCCAAUAUUCACAAGAACAUCACACCAUUUGGAUCCCAAAGCAAAUUUGUUAACUGAAGUGGGCCAGAUCCUCAGGAACAGGGAAGUGCAACCACUUUGUGCCGUGCCUCUGGCAGACUUUAGCCUGGAUAUGUGGCCCCAGGAAUAUCUCAGCAGUGUGAAGUGGUUCCUCAGAUGGUGUAAAGGCUUUUCUGAACCCGCUUGCUUCUUGCAUAGGAGGAGGGGCUGGAGGCAGGGGGUAGAGCCAGGAGACCCUUUUCUGAACUGAUCCCAAGCUGCAGUUUUGUUCCUUUAUGGCCAUCACCAGGUAGCAUAAGUUAGAAUAGCCAGAAGGCUGCUCUGACUUAACAGUGGGGACCUGUGCUACUCCCAGCUGCCCCAGAAUCAGGAGAGGAUUAAGAUGGGCUUUAUAUUAUCACUUUCCCCCCAAACUUCCUCGCAGUGCAAAAGCCAGAUCUUUCCCCAGUAUAUUUUAAUUCUGUGAAAUGUAAUCUCUGUGUCUCGGGGUGUGCGACGGCCUGUGCUCCAAUUCUGGAGUGUGUCCGUAAAGCCUCCUGUGACAUAGGGACAAUGCCUCCUUGGUGAUGUCUGGCCCCUACUAACUUUCCCCGCUGCAGGGUGCCCUCUUAUAGGAACUGGUUUCCCAGCAUGCCUCUCUCAGGCUGGCCCUUUACAUUUGGCAGAGCCAAGGAACUGUAGCCCUAAAGUGGCCAAUUGGCUGCUGCUUGGUACAUUUUUCUCUCCUCCAGCUAGUAUGUCCCCUUUGUUUUCCUCCAGUUCUUCUUUUCUUAGUGCUGAGGAGAGGGCACAGUUUGGCACCUCCUUUUGAAAGGGCACGAGCUAUGGGUGUGGUUGGCUCUGUACCCUGGGCUCUUGGCCCAGCUCCCCACUGCUUAUUUCUCUUGCUCUCUUUCCAGUGAAAUGCUUCUGUGCAGUCUCUUCAGGGGUAGCUGCAACCCCGAGGCUGGGCCUUGGGCCUCUCCUUAUUAAUGCCAGAGCCUUUGAACAGUCUGUAUAUGUUUGAUGGUAUUUGUGUGUAAAUAGCUUUGUAAAUAUUAGCACAACUGUAAUAAGGGGCUCUGGUCCUGGUGCCUGCCCGGCCUCUAUUCUCUUCUAGCUGGGUGUGGUGUUUAUAUGUGUUGGUUGGUUUGUAAAUCGGGCUGGCUGGUAGUGGCUGAAUGUAAGGACCAGUAGGCAAGUUAGGAACAGGGAUGUGCUUCCUCCUCCCCCGCCACCCCAUCUUGCUGGGAAAGGCUGGUGGGUCACUACCCGAAGGAGUAAUUCCCCUGAGGUGCUUCCUUAAACUCCUAGGCGUGAUAGUCAAUGUCCAGUGAUGCUAGCUCCCCAAUACUGUGAAUUUCUCCCGUGCAUUCCCACUGUGAAUAAAGACUCUGUCUGUAUAUUGUUGGGAACUGUGAACUGCAGUGAAACAAAUAAAUGUCAUGUACAACA